UAUGCAUCUACGGCGUAGCUCUAUGUGACCCAGAAACAUGACGCGUCCUAGAGAGGACGCCUAAAUGGGCUAAAACAAAAAAGAAACGUGUUGGGGCAUUGGAAUUUAACGACCACAGCUCUACGGAUUAUACGUACAUAAAGGCAUCCUCAGGCAGUUGGCAUCGCAACACAAGAUGACCCAUCGUCAAGCAUCAAGAAAAUGGGAAAACAUGAAGAAGAGGUACAAGGAGCUGAAAAAACCUGCAGACGGAAUGUCGGGGUACUCAAAUUCAUGGCGUUACUUUAACCUAAUGGAUGAGGCUGUGUCACGACUGGAAGGCGGCACCACACUCCAGGGUGUCCACUACAGUUAUGACAGAGGUGACUCCUUAACUGGCUCUAGAUCCAAGAGGAAGAGAACUACCAUGGAGGUGACCUCACCUACAGGCUCUGUAGAAAUCGAAGUUUCCGUAAACGGAGAUGACGAGGAAGUCGUGCAGGAAGGAACCGAGGACUUAAAUCGCAUCAUGCAAGAUGUGGAAGAUGAAAGGAGCGUCAUGGACAGUGAGAGACGGUGCAUAGAGAGGGAGAAACAGCUCAUAGAACGGGAACGACUGGUGCUGCAGAGGGAGAGGGCGGUGCUGGAUCGAGAGGCCGCCACCCUGGAACGAGACCGAGCCUCGCUGGAGAGAGAGAAGGUGAUGUUUGAGAAGGAGAGGGAGGCGAUGGAGGAGGAGAAGGCUACGAUAGAGAAGGACAGGGACGCUGUGAACAAAGAUCGACUGGUUUUGGAUCAAGAGAGAGCCAGGCUGGAGAGACGUGUCACAGAGAAAGACGUGAAAGACCUCACCGGCAUGAGCAGGAGGGAACGCUUCUUGUAUUUGUUUGAGAAACUUAUUGAAGACUUCUAGGAGACCAAAUCAUUUGUCUUCUACUGCCACGUCUUUACUAAUUCAUAUACUGACAUGUGCAGUGUGUCUGCAGUGAGGUCAAGAUCUCUGUCUAUUUUUAAAUUUCUAAUCUAAACCACAGCCUUUUUAACCUGCAGAGAUUUUUUUAAAAUCUCAGUCCGCAGCCUCUGGACUUUGUGGGAUUGGUGCAAUAUAACUUUUUUAAUCAGUCUGACAAUUCUUGGAUAUUUACAAAAUAUGUUAAUCAUAUUUAUAAAUUAAAUUUGUUUUCCUUUUUGGGAAAAUCAUGAAACACACAAUUGGCUCUACAUAGUGAAAAGUUGAAAUCUACUA